AUGCAAGUUGAUUUACCUUUGGUAUCAAAAAAGCGCUGUAUUACGUCAUACCCAGGUAAAAUCGAUGACUCUAUGAUAUGCGUUGGCCAAGAUGAAGGUGGAAUAGGAGGUUGUUUUGGCGACAGCGGUGGACCACUUGUGUGUGAGUUCAGUGGUAAAUGGUAUCUGGAGGGAGCUACUAGUUGGGGGAGCAAACGCUGCGCAGACCCACUGAAAUACACUGUAUAUGCCAACAUUCGCCAUUUAAAGUCGUGGAUAACAGGCAAGAUGUCCUCUUUCCCUGUUACGGCGUUUUACCUAUCAUGUAAUUUUGACAAAAGUCUGUGUUCGGGCUGGGAGCAGUCUUACUCAGAUGCUUUCGACUGGACACGACAUCGGGGUUCAACUCCAUCUCUGUCUACAGGACCAUCCUAUGACCACACCAGUGGAUCAGGUAUGUACUUGCUAUCAUAUACGAGUCGAUGGGCUGACUCUCUAAGUUUAUCCUGACCCAGAAACCUUAGCAUUAAGAGACUAUUUAUUCACGUAAUUCACAUUCACAAGAUAUUUGUUAAGAUUAUCCGACUGUAUACCGUUGCUAUGCAGAUAAACCAUUUUGAAAAGUUUCUUAAACUUUUAAGAUAAAUUGGUUUUAUCGACUUAGAUGAUAACGCAAGUUGACCAACAUACAUAGCUGAUGUUUGAAGCCUUAGUCAUACUUACCUACUUACUCGCUCACUCUCGUACACUAAGCCAUCUUUCCGUCACAUUGGCUAUUCGAUAUAAACAAACUCGGGUUAAUUUUGCCGAUGAAUUUUGCAGAAACUUGAAUAGAGACAUCAAUGUAAUUUUUACAUAUAUAUGUAUUUCUUUGUUAUUUAGGAUAUUAUAUGUACAUCGAGGCAUCGUCCCCUCGAGUUAUAGGUGAUAAAGCAAAGCUUGAACUCUCCUUAUGCGGAAAUGGAGAUAGGGCUUGUCUUACAUUCUACUAUCACAUGUACGGAAACACUACGGGGACCCUAAAUGUCUUCAGUGGAAGUAAGGUUGUAUUCAGUGCCUCAGGAAACAAAGGCAACUAUUGGCAGAAAGCCCAACGAACCAUUUAUUUGGACAAAGUUGUAAGUCACUUAAGCAUAUCAUUGUUUUUUUUUCAACACCCUUAUAAUACCAGGUGUAAAUAACUCUUAUCUGAAAUGACUGCUUAUCGCAAUGCAAUGUAGGCAGGGUGGUUUGUGUGAAAAUUUAAGUUCUUUGCUUACAGCGUUAAUAAUUCCAUGAGGUGAAGGAUUAUUGACAAAGUGGGAUAAGAGUUAAGUGUCCAGUUAUACACCUCUAAAUUCGAUUUAUUAUAGAACGUCCUUUAUUCAAAUUUUGUCUUAGGUCACUUUUGAGGGGAUAGUAGGAUCAUCUUUUAAGGGAGACAUUGCCAUUGAUGACGUUUCGAUUAAGAGCGGACGCUGUCUUACAUCACCAGGUGCGUAGCAUGAACAUUUUAAUAGACGCUACGUGUGAUUCUCUCUUUUCCUUUCACAAUCUUGAAAACUGCAGCUGGGCUAAGUCACUCAAAAUCAAUUCUCAACAAACACCCACAAAGUUUUCAUAACGAGCUCACUCUUAAUAGCCUCUCAUCUUUGCCGGCCUUUUUACGCACUUCACUUUUCGAAAUUUCCUCAUUAAUAUUAAUACCACUCUCAAAAAAAUAAGACUUAAUUUAUCUCAGUUCAAAUUCAUAGUUCUCUUCCGAGCUCGGAGAAACCCCCUACGAGAUCAUAGGAGACGGUGAUCAAACUUGUUGAAUAACUAUACGCAAGAAAAUCAGGAUUAGUCUUAUUUUAUCUUAUUGAAUAUUUCAGCAACCACGACGUGUAAUUUUGACAGUAGACUGUGCUAUGGUUGGUUGCAGUCUUACUCCGAUGUCUUUGACUGGACACGAAAUAGGGGAGCAACGACAUCUUCGAACACUGGCCCAAACUACGAUCACACCACAGGCUUUGGUAAGACUCCUUAGAACUAACAUCUACGAUUACAUUUCAAUUUCUUUGGUUAACGAUAUCUUAAAAUGCCAUGGACACAGCGAAAUCAAGCGCCUUUUUUUCUCCUUUGAGAAACGCAUGGAAUUUAAAGUGAGUCUUUUUGGUCUCAUAAUUGGCUGUCAUUCUGUCACUUUCAAAGAAAUGACAAAAUACGUGUGUGACGGGAUGUUGUGUCUGCUCUACAUAAGACCAUUCGAAGAAAAUGGAACGGGUGUUUUAUCGCCCGCGAGAAAGCUUUGAACAACGCGAGUCGUCUGAGACCUGACACUAAUAAUGAGAGCCUGCAAGAAUAAUAUUACUUUUUCAUUCAGCGCGUUCGCUUAGUUGGCAGUUCCUGUCAUUAUGACAAAGACCAGCGACUUUGCCUAGUAAUCCAAGCGUUGAUAUGCAAAAAUCUAUCGACUAAAACAAAUUUGCUUAAAACAGCAUUAUUGACAAAUUUGUUCAAUUUCAUAUCAAACAUACUUAAGUUCACCCAACUUGAAAUUGAAAAAGAACCAUGCUUUUUUUUUUUUUUUUUUUUUCCGAAUACGUGAUAAGUGAUUUAUAAUUCCACUAGGAUUCCAUUAUUUAGUUCAAUAGCAUCUUGUUUUGACAUACACUUCACGGCAUCAUCAAAGAUUCCCACCGAUCUUAUAAAGUGUGCGAAUGACGAAAACAAUAUAAUCAAUAUAAACAAUAUAUCUUUUUGAAAUCUCUGCUGACAGCCAAGUGACCUGUUCCACUAAAAAGGUCCUCUUUUAGAAAAGUUUGGCAAAUCAAAGUUUAAAUCGUUCAUUGCGGAAAUUUUGUUGCUCCACUCUCUGUUUGUAUUUUUGGCCAGCUCUACGGUCCACUACAACAACACAUUUUACGCGUUCUGUUGCACUUGAAUGGAUAAACGGCUUGUCAUAACUUACAUACAUUUCAGUUGAUUAUAUAUGUUGACAAUUUUCAUUUUCUCAGGCUACUAUAUGUACAUCGAAGCGACCAAGAAAAAUGCUGGUGACAACGCCAAGUUAGAGCUUUAUUUAAACGGAAACGGAGAAGUCUCUUGCCUUAGGUUCUAUUAUCACAUGUAUGGAGAUACUAUUGGGGCACUCAAUGUCUACAGUGAAAAUCAUUUAAUAUUCAACUCUAUUGGAAAUCAUGGAAACCUUUGGAUAAAGGCAGAAAGGACAUUUCAUUCAGACACAACAGUAAGUCUUGUUGGAAGAAGUAAUCUCGGAAAACGGAAACAUAUUUUUAUAAUAAGAUCGCGAGUAUUAUAACAAUAUUGACCCCAAUAGUUAUGGACAAGUAUAUGAUUUUCAUCGAAAAAAUCCAAUGAACAGAAAACACGCACCCACCAAAAUUCAUCGACAAUAAUUUUCGAGAAAAAGUUUCCUUUUUUUUUUGACAAUAUUAAUUGUGUUCAAUCAAUAUUUAAAUCCAUCUCCACUAAAAAUUUGGCAACUUUUGGGGUGUUAUCUUUCUCUCCACCCUCUACAUCUAAAUAAAUUCAUUAAGAAAAUCCAUCUUUGCUUCUGCAGUUGACAUUUGAAGGAAUAGUAGGAUAUUCCUUCACUGGUGACAUAGCCAUUGAUGACGUCACCGUAUCCAGUGGGAGCUGCUCAAGGCAAACUCCACCUCCAACAUGGCAUCCAGCUCUGACAACUCUUAAGCCUUCUUUAACACCUAACAGUUCCAACAAUGUGACCACCCAAAAGCCGUCCAUGCCAGGUACUUGCCGAGAUAGAAAACAUAGACCUAGUCUUCAAGACUUAAGUUCAUUAUUUUAUGUGGGAAGAGUCAAAAAUGUGUCAACUGCACUCUUAUCUAUAUGUCAAAUAUUUCCCUUUGUCUUUCUGUCAAAAAUUCAAUUUUUGACACAUUUAAGGUAUUUACCAUUGUGCUUUUGUCAUCAGGAUUUUUUUUUAUUAAACAAAACGCAUUUUAUACACUACUAAGCAAUAGAACAUACAAAUAUCAAAUACGUUGAGAGAGCUAAUGUUGAACCUCAAUAAGAAGUAGAGCAUGCUAUAUUUUAUUUUCAGCACAAUGUUUUGUCUUUUCUCUUUACGAUUCUAGAUGAUUCUCCAACAACCAAGGGGAAUUUUACGUCGACCCACGUGGUGACUUACAAUCCGACUGCUAUUCCUCGCACUCCAUCGUCAAAGGAAAUACAAGAAGCAGUAAUGUUACAAAUGACAAAUUUUGAUAUGAAGAAGGUGAUCUUUAGUUAUUAUGUAUUUAUUUGGCGAAGACGAAGAAAAAAGUCCUACACGUUUAUUAUACCAUAUAUCACUAAACACAGAAACAAUUUUCACUGUACAUGUAGUUUGAGUUGAAUCAACCGACGCGAAUUCCUUUUGUCGCAGCAUUCAUGAAAUUAUUCCCUUUCCUGUUUUUUAUCUGUCCAUCGCAGUGGAAGGAGAUGGAAGCAGACUUUAAACGACAAGUUGCAAGUGCAGCUAAUAAAUAUUGUGCAGAUGGAGGAGCAUCCUGUCAAACAAGGUAAACCAAUCAUCAAUCUUAAAAAAGCAGUUAGCAAACUAAAUGAAGAACAAAGCAAACGUAAUGCAAAGGGACGAACGGUGAGAUGGAUAAUUAUACUCAUCAGAUGGCCUAAGCCGAUGGCUGCUUUAAAGUCCGCUCUAAUUGACUAUGAGCAGAGUGAAUACGGCAUUAAGCCCUAAUAGCACCCACGGCUCCACUAUCGACUACGCAUAUAAGGAAGAACGAGAUAGGAUAACUAAGGACCGAAGUAAUAAUAAUAAUUAUUAUAUACUUGUGGAAGGUCACAUAUACUGCUUGAUCCAUUUCAGCCUUCGUCGGAGACGAUCAUCUGAUAGCAUGAAAUUCUCAGACGAUAUGGUUCAGAUUGUCCCUGGUUACCCAAGGCUGUCACCGGACGAUCCAAGCAUAACGUUGUUGGCUUUCUACCUACAACUUCCUGGAGGUGUCGGAGAUAAUUUGGUCAGCGAAGAUGUCCUGAAAAACCUCGUGAAAAGCGAUAUAAAAUCUAUUGAAGAGUCGAUGGGUGUUAGCAUCACAACUGUUCAGUCAAUGCCAUCCACUAAGAAUGAAGUAGAUCAAGAAGAUGAGACAGAUGACGAAGGAUCAAUCUCAACCUCGGUUAUUGUGGGUGUUACCCUUGGAUCCCUGUCCUUGCUGGGGAUUCUCAUCGCUGUCAACUUCUUUAUCAAAUCUUAUAGGUACAAGAGUCUCUUUUAAAGUUCAAAGAGGAGCAGAUGAAUAAUCAUAUCGCUAUGUCAUAGAGGUUUCUCAAAUAAAGCGAUUUUGCCUCGACUCCAAAGCGACUGUAGGCCCCUCAACGAGCUGAGAAAGGGGUUGUGGGAAAAGGAGAGAUUAGGAGAAAGGAACAGGUCAUCAAUUUUUAUCUGUAUAAAAAUAUGAAGAUUAUGACAAAAAAAAAAUAAGCCAGAAGUUGAAAUAGCAAUUUAGCUGGGCUGAGUUGGCUUUCGGUUCUCUCGAAAUUCUUUCACUCUCACAGACAUUAUAAAUAGGUAUCAUGUGAUAAUUAUCACCUUCAUAGGAGUUUCAUUUGAUUUCCACCAUAGGUUUGGCCCCAAAUGCCGUGCCCUGUCCACCGACAAGGUCAAUCAAGGAAUUGAUUUAGAUCAAGAAGCUGUUAAUAAGAAUGCAGAUAAGCAUGGUGUGACUUCCAGCAAACCAAGUGGUACGACAAUAGCUGGGGUGUCAGUUGAGGAAACAUCACUUGACGAGGAAUACCAUGAGGAGAAGCUGCCCAGGCCCGGUGAAGAGAUGCCGCCAAACGAAAAUAUGAACUGCUGAUCUGUAUGAAAAGGAAGGUGGCCCUUGUUCCUAGGGAAAAAACAGUUAUUUUUUUAAAACUUCUUCUCUUACGACUUUUCGCGUUCAUGAUUGUCCUCUGGUCGGAAAUACACGGAGUCGUUUUAAGAUUCUUUUCUGUUGUAUAAUUCGGUAACCUCUGCUGUAAUUUCAUGCAAAGUAAGUUCCCUUUAAGCCGACUGUCCAUGAUCUUGGCAACUCUAGCCACUAAAACACGAAAUUUGGGUAAAAUGUUUCUUGCGUUUGAUUUAAAGGGAAGCAAUCUAGAACUAGAAUAUUAUAAUUAAAACUUGAUGAUGUAAAGAGACCGAGGAUUCGACCAUGAAGAUAUUCGUAGAUACCUUGAAAUAAUACCUGGAUUUCAUUUUUACAUUGAAGAAAUCAAUUCCAACACAAUGAAGUAUUCGAUUUAGUUUUAAGUUGAGUUGAUGUUGUUCUUGGCUAUAUUAAAGAGGUUCAGAAAAGUUUUAGAUGGUAUUUACUCAAGUUUGCAGAUAAAUGUAUUUACUGGAAGGUGGAGUUAUGGCAACAUGUUAACAUGAAACACAACAAUAAAUUUAUUGUUCUGUAAAAAGGUUUUCAUAUGACCAUACACUGGCAAGUCUUUGUACUAUAUCAACCCAACCUUUUAAAUUUUUGCAACUUGUAAAC